AUGGCAGAAGUCGCUCCUGCUCAAGCCGCUCCGGCAAAAAGCAGUACCAAGAAGAAGCCGUCGUCCGGCACCAAAGCGGCCGGACCCAGCGCCAGCGAGCUCAUCCUCCAGGCAGUGGCCGCGUCCAACGACCGCAAUGGCGUCUCCCUGGUCGCCCUCAAGAAAUAUCUGGCCGGAAAAGGUUACGACGUGGAGAAGAACAGGGCUCGUCUCAAGGCCGUCAUCAAGGGCAUGGUGGUCAAGGGCGCCAUUGUUCAGAUCAAAGGCACCGGCGCUUCAGGCUCCUUCAAGAUGAGCAAGAAGAACGAGGACAACAAACCGAAGGCGCCCGCAAAGGCUGACAAGAGCUCCAACAAAGACAAGAAGGUCGCUACCCAGAAGGUGAUGACGAGCAAGAAGCCCGCGGCCAAGAAGGCCACGAAGAAGUCCCCCAAGACCGCGACGCCCAAAAAGGUGAAGAAGCCCGCUAAAGCCUCCAAGAAGUCCCCCGCUGCCAAGAAGGUCGCCAAGCCCAGGACGGUCAAGAGGGCCGCCGCACCCAAGAAGAAGUAAUUCAAAACUUCCCCACACAGACACACAAAAGGCUCUUUUAAGAGCCACCACAUCUGCGGUAAAAAGCAAAUCCUGCUACAUAAUUUGUUAUAUGGUCAAAAGAACAAGAAAAACAACUUGGUUGCCUGCAGUACAUCCUUACACCAGUAGAUGGCAGCAAGUUGCGUCACAAGCAUUUACACGACGUUUAUUAAAUACAUACUCCCAACUAUAUUUAACACAUAGCUGGCGUUAUGAUGGUUAGUAAAACCAUAACCCAUUAUCUAUAAAAUCUUGAGAUACAAUCUUAAUAUUUUCAUAUUAUUUAUAGCUAAUCCGUCCGUUUUCUCUACUGCUUCGAUUACUAGUCUACAAACGGGCUCUGAAAAUGCGCCAUUAAAAAGAAAUGGACACUGUCAUGUUUUUCAACAAGUACAACUUCAUAAAUCACGAACUACUGACUGUAUGUCAAAUAGUUUCCUCCAUUCC